CUUACUCCAGCACAACUGGUGUUGUUGGUUGGAGGAGCAGAGAGAGAGAGGAGGAAGGUUUAACAGCGCAAGAAAUGGCUUCCCAGCCAUCAAGGCCAAGGAGAAACGUAUCUCCAGCAUCAAGUUCUAAACCCCAACCAUUACGUGCGGUUCACCAUUUUUCUCUGUUGAGGAACCCAAGUCCGACCAGAGGAAAUGUCAUAAGAAGAAGUCCCUCAUCUUCUCCGGUUCAUAAUACGGAGAAUGCAUUUAAACCCAGAAGAAAUUCGCCAGAAACACGUGGGUCUCCAGAGCAUCGUCGGAGCCCAACAUCUCCUCUUCAUUCCAGUUUGAAAGUCGAAAAGCCUAAGCCGUUGGUAAAAAGAACUUCGUCGCUCGAUGCCAUCUCGGGUACUUAUUUGAGUGGUCAGUGGCCGAGAGAUGGUGGGAUUUUAUGUUGUCACAAAGCUACCCAGACUCCAGCUUGGGAGGAAGGGAAAAGUGAUGAGAGUUUGUCAAGACACAAGCGAUCCACUUCCUUGGGAAGUGCAGAUCUUAGAGAGAAAUUGAAACAGCAUAUUCAGCGUAAGAAGCAAGAAAAGAAAAGUGCUGUUAGUUAUGGUCGGCAAUCUCCUGUCCACGGAGACCACUCGGCAAUCCAGUAUAAAACUCAGUCACUAGCCAUACCAAUCCCUAUCGCCUCAAGACCAACAGAAGUUCCACAACGAAGAAGUGUCGAGGCACUUAAUAGUGAAAUACAAACCCUAGUACGCAAAUCUGAUGUCAUUUCCUCUGAUAAGGUCCUUGAACCAAUAGAUGGCCGAAAGGCUCCUGUACCAGAAAUACUGUCGGAUAAUAGCCCUUUCAAUACUGUUGACACACAGACACAAACACCGUCGGAGAAUGUUGACAGCCAAGACAGUAGUGGAAACAGCAGUAGUCGCAGCCAUUCUGCUUCACCAACUUACCCAAUCAUGCCAGGAUCAAUCGACUAUCAGUCAAAUUCGAGAUGUUCUUCUUCUGGUGGUAUCAAUGAUACUGUAACUAACGAUGUCGAGAACCAGGAAAGUGGUGGUUCUCCAGAACCAACUGGGAUUCCCAAGUAUGCUUCAUCCCCUAAACCAAAUAAUACCUAUUUAUUUGCAAGGGAGCCACCAGAUGGAGCAGAGAAAGUACAUCUUCAUGUAGAAGAUAUUGAUAGUGAUGCCGAGAGACAAUUCACAGGACCUGACAAGACCAAAGUAAAGUUCAUGCUUAGUAAUGUUUCAGCAUUUAGUGCUUUGCCGUCAUAUCCAUCAAUGGCUAUAACACCAGCAGUUGGUCUUGUCAGUGCACACAGUUCAGUGGAAGCAACUCAGUAAGUCACUUCUCAAAAAACAAGGUGAAGUCCCUCUAUGGUCUUGUGUUCUUUAGGUGAAACAGUGUUAGGUAAUCAAUCCCAAGUAGCCAGUAGUUGAAUGUGUUUGUAACCAUAGUAUUUUUGAGCUGGGUCCUAGGUUUUCCAUUGCUGUGGUCCUUUUUAAGACUAUUCUAUUGGUAUUUAGUAAACUUAUUAUGAUUAUCAUACAAUUUUAUGAACAAAGUGAAUAAUUUGAAGGUAUUAUGGUUAUUGUAAUCAGAUGGUUCAGCUUUGUAUUUUGGCUAUAGCUAUCACAGAGCAGAUUUUUUGAGACUCUGGUAAAUGCUGGUAUGGCAUUUAUUUGCCCAGGCAUUUUCAUUGAUGUGCCACUUUCCUUUUCAUUGGUUCACCAGUUUAAACUAAAAGUUACCUAGGCAAAGGCUGCAAGGUACAAGUUUGAAUAAUCCUUAAAAAUGACCUUAGAGUCUCGAUUAACUGUUUUGUGGUCGACCAGUAAGCUGACCAAUUAGUUCAGUAGAUGUUAAUUCUGUUGCAAAACCAGCUUUGAUUUUUUAUUCCAACGCAACUUCCUACCUAGCCAUUACUGAAGAUAUUUUCUACUCACACCUUAAUACAGGGCUAUCAUAAUGAUCAUCCUUUCCAUUUUUUAAACUUACAACUUAACAUCACCAAAUCAUUGAAUGCAUGUCAAAUGAUUCUAUUUUGAAAAAAGUUUGUCUUUUCAGACAUUAUGUAACCCUCUGCUACAGCUUCUGUUUUUAAUUAUUAGGAUGUCAAGUUUGCUAAAGAUAAUUUUACAAUUUUUGUGCUUUAUAAAAGCAAAAAUGUUAAUUAGAUUUCUUGAAGCUGUGAGAGUUGAUUAGAAAUUCUAUAAAAGGGUAGUUUCCUUUUUGAUGGAAAAGAAAGCGAUUUUUUUCACAUACACUUACUUGUAUGGCAAACUGAAGUAGUUUCUGAUGUACAUUAUCCUUUUGGAUGUAUAUAUUUAUGGUUGAACUCCAGAGAGCUAAAGAAAGACUUGUAUAUUUUUACAAAAACAUAAAAAUCUAUAUAUAUCUAUAUCUAUACAUAAUAUGAGGCAUCAUUAACAAAAUUAUGUAAACUUUACUAGAGAUUUAUUCAUCCAAGACACCCACACUGCAAGUUUGCCUUUUUGAUGCAUACUUGAUUUUUUUGUUCUUUACUACCAACUCUUUGAUAUACUUCUUCAUUGGUGUGCUGUGAGCUUGGUUUCCUUACACCCCCUCUAGAUAUUUAAUAUUGUAACUUACAAAGACCUUAACUCAAAACAUUAAAAGGUAUGUUUGACUGUAAGCUUCAUGUUCCAGAGGUUGUCCCACUGCUGGCCAUUGCUCUCAGUGUCGACCCAAUGCAGGUCAUUUGGAAAUGAAGCCAGAAGGGGUAUACCUUCUUGUUCAUAACAUUUCUUUAUAUAUUUUUUUCUUUUUUUUACGAAGAAACCAAGCCCACAAUGCACCAGGGUGUUGUUUUAUAAUGAUGUAUUUAAUCAAUCAUGUAAGUUAUUUUGUUUGUAUAUUUGUACCUAUGCUAUGCAUAUCUUAUAACCUCAAAAACAUGACUGAUUAGUGAGCAAGUUUGUAUGCCCAAUGUUUGUCAUUUGGUCUUCAUAAUUUAUUAAAAAGGAUUAACAAAUUAA